AUGCCAAAUAUACUGCCGAAAAUGGGAAGUUCAAAAAUCACUGUCCGAAAAAUUUCCAUACAAGCGAUACAAGUGUUUCUAAGGCUGCAACCGGAAGCUCUCGGAUCUAUGCUGAAAACAUUGUCCAAUUUUCUGCUCACAUCUACGGAACGAAUAACAAAAACCGAAGUGGUUCGGGAGUUUCCGGCCAUGUUUAUCCCAGAGUUGUUCAACAGUGAUUGGUCGAAUCUUCUGGAUACCCUUACAAAACUCAUGGGAUCGUCGGAUAGCGACAUGGCUGAGCAAGCUGCCAUCACUGCCAAGAAACUGGAAGGGCUCGUCGCUUCUUCCCACAACAGCUUCCUUUCAGCCUACCUCGGAAGGAUCACUUUUGAGCGCAUUCUACUGUCGUUGCCGUCGCAGCAACAAAAGGAUUACGCCCGCUUCAGCAAGAAUGUUGUCGUGGCUCCAGUAGGUACAGUGUCAAAUGGUGAGCUCCUAUUCUCUCCGUUUAUGCUCCAAAUCUUGAACUAUUUGGGUUUUCCAGUGCCCUCCCAAGUAGUUUCCCGGAACACCCUGAAACUGGCUUCGGGAGAGAGGCGUUUUCGCUUCGGCAUCGUGCCAUCAGUUAUCGCCGCCGAUGGUCGUCGACAAUACCGAUGCAGUAACGAGGAUAUCAGGCCUGGAGAAGAGAAUAUCACCAGCGACGAAAUUUCUCGUCUUGUACCGCACCUCCAUUCAUACCUCAUGUCGCUCGGCAAUGUGCUCACUGAACUCAACUUCAAGGUGAUAGUACUGGCACUGGAUGUGGUCCGGCUGACGGUGAAUCGACUAAAAUCCCACAUAGAAGCUCACUUGCAGCAAGUGGUCUCACUCCUCGCUCAACACUUCGGCAAUCAAAAAGCUGUGAUCAAGCAGUUGAUCAUGAUGACUUGCAUGGACCUCUUCCAAAAUAUCAACCCAAAAGCUGUCGUUGGAGCUCUUUGCGUCUACCUCGAAAAUCGGAAUUCACGAGUCAGAGAAGAGGUGGUGAACAUUUUGACGUCAGCCUUGAUGACUACCUCUUCAUCAAAAAUCAACUUCACUGCCGUCGUCAACAUGCUCAUUCCUCUAUUACUCGAUCCUAAAAGGAGAGUUAGGUGA